AUGAAUCCCGCCAUCCAGUCUCCGCAUCCCUACGCGCCGGGCCACGACUCGCAGAACCUGCCCAGCAUCAGCAACCUCAUCAAUUCGUCCCAGAAUGCCGGCUCGGCCAACGGCUACCCCCCCUCCUCGUAUCAGACCACCGCUCCUCUGCAACAGCAGCAACAACAACAGCAGCAGCACAUGUCGACGGCGAUGCAGCUGGACCCUCCCCAUCAACAGCAGCCCCAGCAUCAACAACAACAACAACAACAACAACAAGCACCGCAACAGCCACCGCAGCAGCAACCUCAGCAGCAGCAUCAGCCUCAACAACAACAGCACCACCAACAACAGCAGAUCCACCACGGCCACAGCGUAUCGCUAUCCCAGCCUCGCGUCACCAAGGGCAAGUACUCGCUCGGCGAUUUUGAAAUUCUGAGAACGCUGGGCACCGGUAGUUUCGGUCGCGUUCACCUGGUCCAGUCCAAGCACAACCAGCGCUUCUACGCCGUCAAGGUGCUCAAGAAGGCGCAGGUUGUCAAGAUGAAGCAGGUCGAGCACACAAACGACGAGCGCCGCAUGCUGAGCGACGUCAAGCACCCCUUCCUCAUCACCCUGUGGGGCACCUUUCAGGACUGGAAGAAUCUCUACAUGGUGAUGGAUUUCGUCGAGGGCGGCGAGCUGUUUUCGCUGCUAAGAAAAUCCGGGCGAUUUCCUAACCCGGUCGCCAAGUUCUACGCCGCCGAGGCCACGUUGGCUCUGGAAUACCUGCACUCCAAAAACAUCAUCUACCGCGACCUGAAACCCGAAAACCUGCUGCUGGACCGGCACGGGCACCUCAAGAUCACCGACUUCGGCUUCGCGAAGCGUGUGCCGGACAAGACAUGGACGCUGUGCGGAACACCAGACUAUCUGGCUCCUGAAGUAGUCUCUAACAAGGGCUACAACAAGUCUGUAGACUGGUGGUCCCUCGGAAUCCUGAUAUACGAGAUGCUCUGCGGAUAUACGCCGUUCUGGGACAGCGGCUCCCCCAUGCGUAUAUACGAAAACAUUCUCAAGGGCAAGGUCAAGUACCCGGCGUACAUCAACCCAGAUGCCCAGAACCUGCUCGAGAGGUUGAUCACGGCGGACUUGACCAAGCGACUGGGAAAUUUGUUUGGAGGCUCACAAGACGUCAAAAACCACCCGUGGUUUGCAGAGGUUACGUGGGAUCGGUUGGCACGCAAGGACAUUGACGCUCCGUAUACGCCGCCCGUCAAGGCAGGAUCCGGCGACGCCAGCCAGUUUGACCGAUACCCCGAGGACCCCGAAAAGUACGGGGGUCCGGGCGGUCCUGACGAAUAUGGCAACCUGUUUCCCGAAUUCUGA